AUGUUCAGUAGAAAGAAGAAGAAUACCAAAUCAGUGGAUCCAAGACAAUAGUAAAAGCAAGCAAUAGCUAAUCAUCAGCCAAUCUAAUAUAGAGAGGAAAGCCCAUCCCAUAAGAAAGUUGUUAUCUCUGAUGGCUUUGUUUAAAACACUCAAAAUCAGGGGCAAGAGCAGGUGCGACUUUAGCAAGUGAUCUUAAAGCAGCAAUACAACUAGAAAGAGUUUGAUAAGCUUCAUCAGCAGAACUAAGAUCUGAGGAAAAGUGUUGAAAUUAAUAAGCAGAUUAUGCAGUAGCUUAUGAGGACUGUUGAACCAGAAGAUUGCCGAUUGAAGAUUGAAGAACUAAUCAGAGUGAAUGUGUGGGAAAGCGAUGGCAGACUCAAGUAGCUCAUGAAGGAGAGAGAUGAACUACAAGCAGAACUACUGAUUAAGGAGCAGAUAAUGCAAGCCACUAAAAUGUAAGAGUUGCAGUAGGCUGAAAUGUAUGAUGAAUAGCUGGAAGAACUAAAAGAUAAACUAGAGCGUAAAGAGUAUGUCUGCCAGUACAAAGAAGAGGUAUGGUCCACUUUUGAAAGAGAACUAAAGAAAGUGAUUAAGAAGGAUUCAGUGCUAUACUAGAAAAUACAGGGGACUACUCAGAUAUUAGUUGAAAAUCUAAAUGAAACUAAGAUUAGCAAUGUGGUAAAGGAAAAUCAUAGGAUGCUUGAAGAUUAGAAAAAGAUAGCGGUGGUUAUAGAUGGUAUCCUUCAUGAUUGCUAAAAGAUCAUUGAUGAGGAGGAAAAUAUCUUUAAGAAAUUUACUGACAGCGAUGUGAAUCACUAUCAACUAAGGAUGUCAAAUCUACUGGGUAAUAACAAUGGGUAAAAGAAUCCCUAAUCAAUAGUCCUGGCUGAUAAGAUUCUCAAAUUGCAGGAUUUAGUCGACUCAAUCACAAACAGAAUUUCAAUCUUAGAUGACGAGAAUAGCUUUCUCAGAUCGGAAUACUAAAGACUCACAAAGCAAAAUUUGUAUUUCAACAAGCAAGUCUUGUUUUUACAAGAAAAACUUAAGUUAUACUAGGAGAGCACUUAAUAUAUCACAAAAAAUCAGCCAACUCCCACCCCUAACUAACAAUAUAAAUCAACAAAAUAUGGGACUGGCAGUUAAAGUAGCAGUUCCCAGUAAAAUCAAUUUUCAAAUAUUGUUUACACCAACGAGGAUGCUCCAGUCGGUAGAAACUCUCUGAUUCCUUAGCAGUUAAUAACAAAACCUGAUGCGAUCAAGAAUCAUGCAGGAAUCUCCAGCUUCACAAUAAAUGUUCAUCCCACCCAUCAAUCAGAACAGACUCCGCCUCAAUACGAUCCAAACACCUAGAAUUUCUCAGAUGAUAAGGAGAACAGACCUAUUAAUGAAAAAAUUGGUUUGAAACUCUCACAAAUUGAAAUAAACUUGAAUAAGUUCCUAAAUCAAUCACCUGAAUUCAUGCUAAAAAAGAAAAACAUGAAGAAUAUUAGAAACCUUAACAAGUCGUAAAUGAGCAGUCAAAAGCCUAAGAUCAGAGUCAAUAAUAAGCCAAUGACUCUAGAAGAACUUGAAAAGGGAGCUUAAUCUGAUGCAUAAUAUGAAGAAUAUGAUGACGAAAAUAAAGAAAACAACUAUUUAGCUGUGAGGAGUAUUAAUAAGAAUAUACUUUAAGAUAGCUAGAAUGAAGAGGAUGAGAUGCAAAUCAGUGCAAUAAAGUAAGAUAGAAACGACAGUCCAUUCUUCGAGAUUUCAUAAAGCAGUUCUAUGAAUAGCUAAUUGUUUUGA